AUGGCUCCUGGAAUGUCGCUCUACUCAGUCAAUGCCAUCCUCAUCCUGUCGGUUGAGGACGGCUCCAGACUAUACGCCAAGUAUUACGACUCACCGCACCAAGCCGCGCCUGCACCAGGGCAGACUGCCCCCUCCAAGAACCCAUACCCCGACGUCAAGUCCCAGAAAGCAUUCGAGAAGGCCCUCCUGGACAAGACAGCGAAGCAGACCGGCGACAUCCUGCUGUUCGACGGCCGGAUCGUCCUGUACAAGUCGGAAAGCGACGUCAUGCUCUACCUGGUCGGCAGCGUCGACGAGAACGAGGUCCUGCUGUACAACGCCAUCCUCGCCCUGCGCGACUCCCUCCACCUCCUGUUCAAGGCCUCGGUCGACAAGCGCACCAUCAUCGAGAGCUACGACCUCGUCUCCCUGGCCGUGGACGAGAUCGUCGACGACGGCAUCAUCCUCGAGACCGACCCCACCAUCAUCGUCCAGAGGGUCAGCAAGGCGCCCACGCAGGACGUCGACCUCCGCCGCAUCGACCCCUUCAGCGAGCAGGGCGUCAACAACCUGGCGCAAUUAGGAAAGGCCAAGCUGACGGACUGGCUGAGGCAAGGGCUGUGA